UGACAGGUUCAUGUUAAAUGUCUAUAAGCUGGGGGGUGAGAAAGGUUUUUGAGAAUAGACAUCGAGUGUAAACAUUUAAAGAGAAUGCUUCCUUUUUUGUUAUUCUAAUUAAUUUAUGUUUUAAACUUUGAUAAAACUUGUGAAUAAAACUCGUUACUUGGAGGGUAAGAAGAUCAUGCAAAUAUUUCUUGUUCUGAAUGCUUUUAACUGUCACUUGGCAUUUCAGUACUCAGUGGUCUGUGGUUUUAGUAGCCGUGACUUUGCAGCUUGAAUUUUUCCUCUAAGUGAUUAAUUGUACUGCUGAUACCAUUAUUCAAAGUGCCUGUUUAAAAUAUCAAUAAAUCAUAGUAUUCCUGUAAAGCUAAAGCAUAUUUUUGUGAGUCCUCAGACAGCUAAUGAUAUAGUUUUUUAGCGUGGUUUAUAAAACGGCAUAAAUCUGUCUGAACUAGAGUUGGUGAGUGUGAGGCCUGAAGAGGCUGGUGGAAUGUUUGAUUGGGAUGAAGGUGAUAGAUUUUCAUUCGAGGACAGUGACAGGUUUGAAGAGGACUCUUUAUGUUCUUGGAUUAGUGAGCCAGAGAGCUCGUGCAACAAUUGGAGAGGAUGGAAAAAACAAAAUGGCAACAACUGUGGAAUUUAUCAUGUGCCCCAUUCUAAAAAUAAAGAUAUUCCUCCUGGUUCAAACAGUCUUCAUAGAACAUCUGAAGACUACAAUUCUGCUCUUCAAACUGCAAGUCUUGCUCAGAUGUCUCAGUCUACUGCUACUGGUCAGUCUAUGUAUGGGCUGGUACUGUCAUUGGUUGAACUGUCAGCUAGAGUUGUUGCUUUCCAUAUUCCAUUUGAAGUUGUUGAACAUGUGUGUCCUCCUGUUCCUGAACAGCUACAGCUUCGGAUUGCCUUUUGGAGUUUUCCUGAAAAUGAAGAGGAUAUUCGGUUAUAUUCAUGCUUAGCUAAUGGGUCAGCAGAUGAGUUUUCAAGAGGAGAACAUCUGUAUAAAGCCCGUGCGGUUAAAGAACUUCUUCAGAUUGGAUUUCAUCUUAGUGCCACUAUUUCACCUCCACAAACGCUACCAAUCUCCAAAGGCACCUGUAAUGUUGCUGUCACAUUUGAUCGUUGUCGUAUCACAUCUUGCACGUGUACUUGCACUAGUAGUGCAUCAUGGUGUUCACAUGUUGUUGCUGUUUGUUUGUCCAGAAUUCAUCAACCAAAUCAUGUACGUCUUAGAGCUCCAGUAUCUGAAUCUUUGUCUCGUCUGCACCGAGUGCAACUUCAAAAAUUUGCUCAGUACCUAAUUAGUGAACUACCACAACAAAUAUUACCCACAGCUCAGCGUCUUUUAGAUGAACUUUUAUCAAGUCAACAGACAGCAAUCAAUACUUUAGGUGGUGCUCCGGAUCCAACAGCUGGAGCAUCCAUCAACGAACAGACAACGUGGUGUCUUGACGGAUCAACAUUGCAUGAUAAUAUUAGGAAAAUUCUCAUAAAGUUAUGUGUACCAUCUCCUAUUGUAUUUAGUGAUGUAAAUUAUUUGUCAUCCACUGCACCUCCUGCUGCAGCAGAAUGGGCUAGUCUCUUAAGACCUCUAAGAGGGCGGGAACCUGAAGGACUGUGGAAUUUGCUAUCCAUAGUACGGGAAAUGUUUCAUCGAAGUGACCGAAAUGCCAUUCCGCUAUUGGAGAUCAUAACGGAAGAAGUGUUACAAUGUGAUCAGAUACUCACUUGGUGGUUCAACACCAAAGUUUCUCUACACAUGGGCUCAGGUGGGCAUGGUGGCCGUGGUAAUGUACAUACGAACUCGCAUGCAUCUCAGCAUGCAUGUAGCAGCUUAUGUGAUGAGGUGGUGAUUUUAUGGAGGCUUGCUGCAUUGAAUCCUGCUCUCUCCCCCCAGGACAGGCAAACACUUUUCGGACAGCUUCGGUGUUGGCAUGUAAAAACACUUGAAAGAGUAUGGAAAACAAAGAACAACAGCAGUAAUAAUGGAAAUACCAUUAAAAGAGCAGAUAUUGAAGUGUUUCCUGGCUUCCGCCCGGCCAUGGAGGGUUGUUUACUGGACUGGAGUGAUUAUCCAAUUCCAGGUGUUACAUAUGCUGAUGGUGGAGGUAGACGUUGGUACUGCCCGUAUGUUCAUGUCCGAACAACAGAACCUGUUGCUUCAUCCACUACGGGUACUGAUACUGACAAUAGUAGCCUUGCCUGUUUUUCAGCGCGCAGAGGACGUUCAGUUGAUGUUGGGCAAUUAACCAGUUGGUGCCCUUGUGAUAAACAAGCAUCAGACAAGAAAACAAUCUGUGUGCUCAGUUUUCAUCAUGAACAACCUACAGAGCCUACUGAGCUCAAACUGAAUAGUAAUCGCAGCUCACUGAGCAGUGAAGGUUUCUGUGAAAAUGAGCAAGAAGCUCUAGCUGAGGCUCUGGUUGAAUCCUGUUCAGUGAGAUCUUCAGCUCAAAAUGAGCAUUUACUUCAUAAUCAAGGAAUGACAGCCAAAGUGGUCAUUACAAAUGAAUUGUGGAACUCGCAAGAAAGUCUUCAAGAUGACUCUGAUGGAGCUAAAGCUCCAAUUGACACUUGUAAGAUUUCUGUGCAACCUUCUACUAGCAAAUCUGUACCAGAUGACAGUGACAAAGGUAAAAGCAGUGAUUUGAAGAUGGCUGAUUCUGGGAUGUCUAAUUCAACACAUCAUAAUGUACCUAAAGUUUCUUCAACCAGACCCAGUGCUGACAUAAAUGGUGAAGCUAGUGAAUCUCAGCAAUCUAGCGACGAAUAUCAUCUGUAUUAUUAUGAUCCUAGAGCUAGGUUACCAAGUCCUGAUCAUCCUCAGCAGUAUGUUGUGGAAGAACAAUGGUUUUCUGUAGCUGUAAAAAAAAUUGAAGAUUCAUUAGAAGUUUUAUUUGCACGAGCUGAAGCUCUUCAUGCCCAUGGUCACUCGCAUGAAGCAUGCAUGCUUGCUAUUCGUUUGGCAGAGGAAUUGCUUGCUAGUCCUCCUAAUUUAACUGUGGAAGUGCCACCUCCUGCCUGUCGAGGUAAAAAGGUUCGCCGUUUUAACCCAGCCAGCCACCAUGUCAGCUUACUGGCAUCAGCUACUUUAGCUAAAGUAGCAUUUCUAUGCUCAGUACUUGGAGAAAAUCCUGAACAUCACCAUCUUGCCUUUCGUGUAGGACUCUUUGGGUUAGAAAUGAUACGCCCUCCUGCAUCAACUAAAGCCUUAGAGGUAAAAUUGGCUAAUCAAGAGCAAGAUCUUGUGUUGCUUUUGAAAAGGCUUCCACUUCUUGAGAAAGAAAUGAAUAUCAUAAGAGAAAGAGCCGAACAGCUGCGAGAUGGAAAAUUAGUUUCAAGAGGAGAAGCACUUUUGCCUCUUAUGCUUGCUAGUUUCAUCUUUGAUGCUCUGACAUUGCCAAAUGCUCAAAACCGAGGAAAUCCACCAUCAUGCAAAUUACCUGGAGAUGAGCAGCUUGGAUUUGAAGCAGCUGUUGCAGCCUUAGGUUUGAAAGCAAAUGUGUCCGAAGCUGAACAUCCGUUACUUUGUGAAGGCACUCGUCGUCAGAGGGGAGAAUUGGCCAUUACGUUAUUGGUGACUUACAAGGAUGAUCAAGAAAAACUGGCAAAGAUUAUGGAGAAGCUUUUGGACAAAGAAGUUCAUCAGAUGUAUAAAGCUCCUGCUUCUUCAUUGUAUUAUUCUUCUGCCGCUAGUUCACAACAAAAUGGCAAUUCUGUUCCUUCAGAUGAUAAGGCUGUAAAUGAUGAAAUUGUGACAAGAGAUUCUGAUGAAACUGAACUCCAUGAAGAAACUGAAAAUGGAAAUACAGUUAGUGAAAAUCAGAGAGAUAUUGAUCAACCUUCAACAGUUCGCCCACGUAGCUUACCAUCCGCUCAAAAUUCAACUGCUGGUAGUACUCGUAUUAGAGAUCUGCGACAAUCACAUAGAACCAGUGAAGAUAAUGGUGAGCAUAGUGAAGGAGCAUCAAGCCCUGGCUGGGAAGAAGAUUACAAAGCUUGGGAAGCUAAAUUCCGAUGCACUAAUUUUAGAACUACUAAAAAGCAUUCAGGAGGUAUGGCUAGCAUUGAUAGUAGUGCUCCAGAAACUACAUCUAGUGAUAAUUCACCUACAGUAGUGAGACGCAGCACAUGGUUGAAACAGUGUGGGCCUGGUAGUGAUAGUGGUAGCAGUGGAGAAAGUAGUGAUUCAUUUGCAUCAAGUUCAUCUGAAGAUAAAGCUCCACGCUCCAAGUCUAGAGAAGGAGAAAGCCUUCCUGUUAUGAUGCUUAAUAACAGGUUGCCAACUAACUUUCCAUCCCCUGAAAACAAUGUUCGGGCUAAUACUCCAAACAUAAAAAAUACAAGGUUUAAAGGAAAGCGGGCAUAUCCUAGCAUGCCAAACCAGCCCAGUGAAGCAUCGGCUCAUUUUAUGUUUGAGCUUGCUAAAACUGUCCUCACCAAAGCUGGUGGAAAUAGUUCCACUGCAGUGUUGUUUACUCAGCCUUCAGCCAGUCAGAAUCAUCGAGGCCCACACCGAGCAUUGCAUAUGUGUGCUUUCCAGAUUGGGUUAUAUGCACUAGGCUUACAUAAUGCAGUGUCACCAAACUGGCUGUCUCGCACGUAUUCAUCUCAUGUAUCGUGGAUCACAGGACAAGCCAUGGAAAUUGGUAGUACAGCUAUUAAUUUCCUCAUUGAGACGUGGGAGGGACAUUUGACUCCACCAGAAGUUGCUUCUCUCGCUGAUCGUGCUUCUCGUGGCAGAGAUCCUAACAUGGUUAGAGCUGCUGCUGAAUUGGCUCUUUCUUGUCUACCUCAUGCUCAUGCCCUUAAUCCAAAUGAAAUUCAAAGAGCUCUAAUACAGUGCAAGGAACAAAGCAGUGAAAUGGCAGAAAGAGCUUGUCUUGCAGUAGAAUCUUCGGCAAAAGGUGGAGGAGUGUAUCCUGAGGUGCUUUUUGACGUCGCUAGAAGAUGGUAUGACUUUCAUGAGGAAAAAGAAAUGGAUGAUACUCACAACAACCAAGCUGAAAGGCAUUUGAAUACAAAUGAUAAUGUAUCUAAUGAGAACAUUUUAUCCUCUCCACCACCAUGUGAUCAUAAUGUAGUACCACCUCAUAACAUACAUCUGGGGCAAGUCGAAGGGGUGAUUACGACAGUACCUUCAGUACAAGUGUUACCUCCUCUUACCUGUCCACCUGUUUCGUAUACAUUGGCUUAUCCUACUGCUGCAUAUGGAUACAUGCCAUUUUCUCAUUCGCAUGUCCCGAUUCAUCCCGCUUAUGUGCCAUCUCCAGCUACGUAUCCAUAUCCACCAUUAGCCAAUUUGUCUUAUUAUCCUCCCACUGUUGCAAAUGCUGCUCACAUUCGACACCAGACUACAGGAAUUUACACUGGUCAGGUUGUUGGCACUGCAGUAACAAGAGCUUCAGUGACACAGUCUGGUCCAGUAUUAUCAAUGAAUGGACAUGCUGUUGUUACACAACCUCCACCUACUACCAUACCUCCACCUCAGCAAACUCAGAUCCAAGGGCCACUUCCUCAAUUAAAUCAGAGACAGAUGGGUUAUUUGUUGGCUGCAUAUCGAGUGGGCAUGCUAGCUAUGGAAACAUUAGCACGCCGUGUUCAUGAUGAUAGGCCACAAGCCAAAUAUGCCCGAAAUCCACCAUAUGGUGAGGAUGUCAAAUGGCUUCUUGGAGUUGCUAAAAAAUUAGGAACUUCAUAUUUGCAAGAUUUUUGCAUCUGUACUGUCAAUAGUGUUGCUAGUCCAUUCGUACUUCAUGAAAUAGUUGUUGAAGCAGCACAAUAUUUGGCUCGAAAUUCUACAACACCUCUUCCACAACCAUUACGUUCACAUUUACUCACACCAUUGAUCCAAAAGUGUCAACAAAUGUUCACUGCUUGUACUCAUUUCAAAAUGUACCAUAUAACACCAGCAGAAUAUGAUGAGUUUGUGAGCAUUAUUCGAAGUGCACGCACUGCUUUUCAACUCACCCCUGGCGGAAUAGUUCAGUUUAAUGAACUCCUGCAAAGUCUGAGGCGUACAAAAUCCUGCAAGAAAGAACUAUGGCAGCGCAUUGCAAAUACUUUAGCUACUCCAAGUAUUUGAUGAGGAAAAAUCUAUAGAUAAACACUUUUGUCAUUAUAUUGAGCGAAAGUGAAUAAAGUUUGAAGUGAAACAUUGUUGUCCAUUUUUGUUAUUUAGAAUACUCAUUUGUGUAAUUUAUACCUCCAAGGACUUAUAGUGGUUAUAUGCAUAAUGUAGGCUAUGAUAUGCAAUUCUUUUUAAUUUUAAAUGUGACUGAGAAAGAGAAAAAAAAAGGGGGAAAGAAACAAAGAAAGUUUCUAAGUGCCAAAUAUUGUAGUAUUAAGCCUAUGAAACUUUCUUCUGAAACCUUUUAAUGUACUUUCUGUUUUAUUAACCUUAUUUUUUCUAAUUAUGUGUGAUACACUGUAUUGUAGUUGUGCAUAAUAUCACAUUUUCUGUCCAUUACUUGCAGUGCAUCAGUGAGUUUGAUGCUGCAACAUUUCAUAUAUUCUCUGUUUAUGUUAAUUUUUCUGUAAUUAACAUUAUGUUAUUUUCUUAACUAUUGUAAACUGUAUUUAAUUUCAAAAACUUUUAUUGGCACUUAGCUUCUUUCUUAUGUAACCUUUUAGAUGUAGUUUUGAUUUAUGAAACAAAGUCGCAUUCAUUUUUUUUAUGCCUUCUAAAUUUUAAAGUUUCCUUUGUUGCAUUAUCUCUUAUUACUAUAUUUAUUUUGUGUUUGUAACUAAAACUAAUUUCUAUAUACUUUUAGAGGUAUAUCUAUUACUUAUGUACCCUUACUAUGUUUUUUUUUUUCAUUCAUUUACGAACUGAAGUAUUACUCAUUGUUUAUGUGUACGAGUCUGCUGAGUUUUGAAAUUACCUUUUUGUUAUAUUUUCCCUUAUUACUAUAUUUAUUUUGUGUUUAAAAUUAGAGUUUCUAUUUAAUCUAAAGAUGUGUCUAUCUAUUAGUUAUAAAAAUUUCCUUUUUAAUUGAAUAUAUUUUAAACAUACUAUUAAAUAUUAAAAUUGUUUUGUGUCAUUAAUAUUUAUCAUAUUUGUGUAUGUGAUAUUUACCUUUAUUUAUAAUUAGUUUGGUUAUUUAACAUUUUUCUAUUAUAUUAUGUUCCUUAUGGCUUAGGUUAGUAUUUUUUUAUUUCAUCCAGAUGGCGUAGAUAGUAUGUAUUUUAAUAUUUGUGUGUGAUUCUUCAGUAGCUUUAAGCUUCAUUAUUUAGUGAUUGUCAUUUUUGUUUUAGUGAGAAUUUAUAUGCUAGUUUAUUUUGCUUUUCUUUUUUAUUUAAAUAAACCUAUUGCAUAUUAAAUAUUGACCAACAGUUGCUUUUCAUCCUAUCAGUUUUUGAAGUUAAUCCUUAUUAUUACCGAUUUUAAAUCUUAAAAAAGUGUAAUUCAUUGAACAGAACUGGAGUUUAACUGUGGCUUUGUAUACAAAUUAACUGUAAAAGAAACAAAUUUCAAAUUUAGGUUGAAUAUUAUGGUUUUAAUAACUGCCAACACUAUAGUUUUUUCAUAAGAUUUCUUGGUAACUAAAUCUGCCAGUUUUUACUUACAAAAGCUAUUAAAUUUUCUUUUAAAAAUGUUUCUCAGCUAUUUGUUGAACUAAUGAAACUUGAAUUGGGCAAAUUCCAUACCUUCACACGUACUAAUUUUUAGUAUAUUUUUUUCUUAUAAAAUGUCUACACUGGAUGUGUUCAGUUCAGGUUGUAAAAUGUUAUUUAACCUAAGUUGUACUAACAUACCACAUUUGUGAAGAUUUUAUAGAAAUUCAACCCAUGUUUAAGCAGUAAAUAUUUGUACUUAAUUUUGUCAUACCUUUAUCUGUAAUAAAUUACUAAGUUUAUCUAAAUACUAUUUUUUAUGUCUUUAUAUUUACAUAGUUUUUGAAAAUGCUUCAAUAAUUAACAGUUUUCUGUCCCUCAGGACUUUUUAACUAUAAAAAGUAGGAAAAUUACAAAGUAAAAUUAUAAAAAGAACAUAAAAUUUAGAACGUGUGAUUAAGUAUUGAUAUAUUUUACGUAUGAAUUAUAUAAUAAUAUGAAUCAUGCUUUUAUUAUCAAUAGUGUUAUAUCAUCAUAAGUGAAUUUAAGUCAAUUUGGAGUUGUUAUGAAAUUUUAUCACAGCAAGGUCGAAAACCUUUCAGUUGUUCAUAUUUUAAAGUUGGCAGCUAUGUAAUCUUUUAAAAUUGGUUAGCAAUCUUGCAGGUACUUUAUUAGAAGAAAUGCAAUAUGAUGGCCUAAAAAUUUACUACACAUUUACAAAAUAUUUUUAGUAUAAACAGAAUCUUGUAUUGGGUUGUAUAUGCAUUUGAAGGGUUGUGAAUAUUAUUAAUCAGAAUUGGUUUUAUGAUUUUUAAUGCUUUUAUUAAUAUGUGAAAAAAUUAGAUAUGUUGGGAAACUGAAUGCUAUUACAGCUAUUAAAUAUAUAAAAAAAUAUUUAUUUAUGCAUUUGUCAGUGAACUUAACGUGUUAUUAUUCAUAUUGACAUUUCUUCUAUUAAUUUAUUGUUCACUAGUGUUCUUAGGCCAUCACUUCAUAUACCCUAAAAAGGGUAUAAUUGAUUAUUGAUAAAAUUAUAAAUUAGUACCGAAGAGCUGUGAUUUUCUUAAACUGGGCUGAAAUUUUGGAUAAAAAACAACUUAUGAAACUUGAAUAUCAAAAUUAAGAGGUAUUUAUUAAAACUUUCUAAUUUAUGUAUCUUCCUUAAUAUAUUGCAUAUAAAUUUUUAAGAAUAAAGUACUUAAAUUAAUAGAGCUGCUUAAAUUUUGCUACUGAAUGUGGACUGGCCAUAUUUUAAAUUUGAUUAAUUUAAACACUUUAGCAAAUGUUAUUCAACCUUUAAUUUUCCUGCACUAAUGAACUUUUAGAAAAAAAUAAACUUUUGUCAGGUUUCAAAAAAAGAAAUGGUCUAGCUUGUUAUGUGGAAUAAUGAAGAGAAUAGUAAGAAAACAUUCUGUAAACUGUGUAGCUGUUUAAGAUAGUUUAAGAAUCUAAAUUAUACUGGACACAUCUGAUGUUGAAGUUCCUGAAGGUCAUUGCAAAAUAUUUAAAAAAGAAAAAAAAAAAAAGUGCAAGUCUGAGGCAUAAUUUAAGAGGUUUUAUUGCACUUAUAUUUUUUUAGUAGGCAAAUGUAGUGAGUAGGGAUUAACUAAUAUCUUUUUAUUUAUAUGAAAUUCUAAUUGUUAAGUAUGUAUUCUGUGUGUAUUUCUUGAUUUGUUUUAAUAUUGUUUAUAAAAGUCUGUGAAGUUAAUACUUUCUAUAAUGAAAGUUGUGAACAUUUUAUAUGCAAAAGUAAUAUUUAAAUUAUUUAUGAAGGGAAUGUAAAUUCCUAUAAUGCUAGUUAUAUGAAGUUCUUAAUGUGCUCAUAUUAGUAACUAAGCUUGUCAUUUUAAAUGUUCUCAUAAUGUAUGUGCAUAGAAUACUAAUAUCUUUUAGUUUGUUGAUAUGCCUAAGAAAUGCUGAAUGGUUAAUUAAAUCACUGAAUGGGAUUAUCAUAUUUGGUGCAUCUUUUGAAAUGCACAAAUAGCUUGUUGAGAAUUAUGCAAGCCUUGUUGGUCAAUUUUCUUGAUACUCAUGUUUUUGUAGCUUGGUUGAUUACUGUGUCUUUACUUAAAUGUUUUAGGAUUUAUUGAUGUGAAGAAUGAUAUUUAAUCAUGUUUAUAAAUGUUUUUCAAAUGUUAAACACUGUGUUUUGUUGUUUGUGAAAACUCUUUUUUAAAAGUAUAUAUUUUGCUUAUGUGCACUGCUUUUCAAGAAUUAAUUUAAUUUUAUAAAAUUCACAAAAAAGACUGUAUUUUCCUACAUAACCUGCUGUGAGAUACACUAUGCUAUGAGUCACAGAGCUCACUUUAGACACAUUUUUACAUCUGUUGUUACCUGUUAUUUGAUGCAGCAUAUUGUUAUGCUGCAAUUAGUGUUGCAAAUUUUUUCCAUAAUAUGGAUAUCA